CCUGUCUUCGUCUCCGUCGACGAACCAGAGAGAGAGAGAGAGAGAGAGAUGGCGGACAAUUUAUUCUCCGGGCUGCCACCUCCUUCUUCCGCUCAGCAGCAAGAGCUACCAAUUUCUCCAAAACCAGAUGAGUCGAAGAAUGAAACUUCCUCUUCAGCUCCGACUCUGGUUCUCAAGAGUGCCCUGAAGCGAUCGAAGCCACAUGAAUCUGCUGCACCCAAUGUUUCAGCUCCUCCUGUUCUCAAGAGCGCACUUAAGCGAUCAAAACCAGCAGUAUCUACACGGGAACCAGAACCAGAACCGGAAGCCCCUAAAAAGCGUCUACAGUUCAAGACAUCAACUGAUGCAUCAGAGGAACAAGUGAUUGAAGCGAUGCAGAAGAUAACAUCUCACAUCAAGAACCCUUCCAAAUUCUCCAAAGCCUCAAAGCUUGCGAUACGGCUGAUCCAAGCUGGAAGUGUGAAGCCAGAAACAAGCAGCUACUUCAUUGCCAUACUUGAAGCUGCCAUGUCGUCUAACACUCCUUGUACAGAUCGAUUGGUUCGAGCAGACUUUCAUGCAUUGUUCUCAGCAGCACAAGAUGUUGUCGAGUGCCUUGAUAAAAGCCAGAAGAAUCUGCNACUUUCAUCAUCGCAAUUCCCCCCACACAUCACAGAGUCACAAUAUCGUUAA